CUCCUAAUUGCCACACAACCUUCCUUUGCAUCAACCCUUUCCUUCUCUGCGCUCUGCCAACCCAUCCCACUCCUUCUGGCUUCGCUCCACUCUUUCGGAUGCAAUACCAUGUGAGACCAGGCUCUUCCCUGCUCCUUUCCUGAACUUGUUAUAGGUUCCUUCGAGCAACACACUGUCAAAAAUUUGAUCUUUGUUUUGUAUUUUGUCGUUGAUGCAUUCCUGGCGCACGACGGCGGGAGAAGGGAAAGGGGGCUCGCUGUUGAUGGGGAGGGCCGACGGACAGAACGACCAGUUCCCUGUAGGAAUGCGUGUCCUCGCCGUCGACGACGAUCCCACUUGCCUCAAAGUGUUGGAGGCCAUGCUGCUUCGAUGCGGAUACAAUGUUACAACUACGAAUCAGGCUGCUUCGGCGCUGGAGUUGCUGAGGGAGGAUAAGAACAGAUUUGAUCUAGUUAUCAGUGAUGUGCAUAUGCCAGACAUGGAUGGGUUCAGGCUUCUGGAGCUCGUGGGCCUCGAGAUGGACCUUCCGGUCAUCAGUAAGCCAAGGAUGAUCUCAAUUUCAUCCAUGUUUUGUACAGUAGUAUAUGCUUGUCUGUGCUCUCUGUGAAUGGUGAGACCAAAACUGUAAUGAAAGGCAUAACUCAUGGUGCUUGUGACUACUUGCUCAAACCAGUUCGGAUUGAGGAGCUCAAGAAUAUAUGGCAGCAUGUUGUAAGGAGAAGGAAGUUAGCACACAAAGAGUAUAGCCAUUUUGAUGAUGGGGAAGAAUCAGAUAAGCACCAAAUCGUUAGUAAAGAAUCUGCUGACGGUCUGAACAUGAAUAGCUCUCCCAAUUGCAAUGAAAAGUUUAUAAGGAAGAGGAAGGACCAGAAUGACGAAGGCGAUGACAACUCUGAGGAGAAUAUGCAGGAGAAUGAUGAUACAACUACUCAAAAAAAGCCCAGGGUUGUUUGGUCUAUUGACUUACAUAGGAAGUUUGUAGCUGCUGUUAAUCAGUUGGGAAUUGACAAGGCCGUACCUAAGAGGAUACUGGAGCUUAUGAAUGUUGAGAAGCUUACAAGAGAAAAUGUUGCAAGCCAUCUACAGAAGUAUAGGCUUUACUUGAAAAGAUUGAGUGCUGCAGCAAGUCGACAGGUCAACAUGGUUGCUGCUUUUGGAGGUAGGAACUCGUAUAUAAGUUCAUUGGAUGGCUUUGGGAGCUUUCACGCUUUGGGUGCUUCAGGCCAGUUACAGGCCCUUAGAUCACUCCAACCAUGCGAAGUGCUUGUUAAAGCAAAUACAAAUGGCUUGGGAAGUCAUGAUCUUUCCUCUUCUAGAGUAAUUCAAGUUGGGAGUAGCAAUUCAAUCAUUCCUUCUGCUGAUAUAAGCAGACUCCCACCAGUAAUUCAUGCCAGCAAUCAACAUGGGAGGUUGUUACAGGGAGUUCCCGCCUCAUCGGAACUUGAACAAAUGCAACUAAAAAGAAUUCAAGAACCAAGUAGUCAUUUCCCUGGUUUCUUAUCUGGAAAUGCAAUUCCUAUUCCCAGCAGUUCUUUUCUGGAUGUGGCAAGUCAUGCCUUUAUAACACAAUCACUCGAGCAACAGACUCCUUCCAGUGCAACGGUCGGCCUCUCUUCCGGUAGAUCAUUGCCCACAACCUUUGAUCCUUUGCAUGUUAGUGUUGGGUUUUCUUCCCAAUUGCCUGAUGCUGGUAGAUGCAAAGCUGAUUCGCAAUCUGCCGUUCCGUUAAACCAGUAUCCAACAAUAGUUUCGUUUACUAAUAAUGAUGAUUUGUCCAAGUACUUGGACAACUUUCCCAUCUCACAAAGGAGAAACAAUCCUCAAAGCAUUUCUUCCACUGUACAAGAUCCUGUUACAGGCAGAGAUGCAAAAUGUCAGGCUAGCUCCUCUGGUGGACUGACGAUGUUGUUGCCUACGACUAUAGUCGGAGAGACAGGCAAUUCUAAACAAAGAGCACCGGAGGAAGGCAUAUAUGAACAAGAAGCCCUGUUCAAUUUUCGCUCUAGUACUGCUUUGUGUGCUAAUUUCGUGUCUAAUUCUCCUGGAAAUCAAAGAGUGAACAGUCACCAUAAUACCAGCAGUUCAAUCUUUCCAUCAAAUUGCCAGAUUGGUAAGCUAACUGCCGACGGUUUGCAGGAGAUAAUGAAUGUGCAGGAAGGAACCGAGUCAUCUGGUUAUUGUCUUGAUGACGUAGUUUGUUCUCUUAUCAAACCGGAAAAAGGUCGUAUCAGCAUUUCGGAGAAUGAUAGUAAAUCUGACAUGUAUCAAUUUGACGCUUGCAUGUAAUAUUUUUUUAUUGAUGAAUUUCAAGCUGCCCUCUUUUUGAGGAGAAUCAUUGUUCUGUUAGAUCCGAGUAAAUCAAAUGAUUCCGUACUA